CCGUCUAUCCUAUAGCUUCUUCACCGUUCAUAUCCCAUCCAUGCUUCAUAUAGACAAUAGAGGGCAGAAAAUAUGGUCUACCAGACACCGCCCCCUCUCUUAUAGCCUUUCGAUAUUACUCACUACCAUCCGAACAGCAGCAUACCCUGCGCUGGCGCGCGCCGUUCGCUACCAGACUUCUUGUACUGGGCGUCUAGCGAUUGUAUUGGAUCGAAUACGAACAUGUACGAUCCGAUCAUAUGAGCUUACUCUUAUCAUAACAUAUCGGUAUAUCUUGAUAUUUUUUCCGGCACCUGCCUACAUACACAACAUCUUUGCCUGUUUGACGACACUACAGCCUCCAUCUUGCAUCACCCAGAUUUUUAUUCUCCUUUUGGACACGCGCAAUGCGCGAAUGGGGAUGGAUGGAUGCCGCCUGCGAUUGAAUUCGGCUAAAACCACACGCAGUCGCACACCCACCCACUCACUCGUUGGCGUGGAAAAAAAAAGACACGCAAAAGACCCGGUGCUGGGAAAAAGAGUAAAUGGUAGCUGCCGACUGGACGACCAGAAUCGAACAACGCAACUCCGUUUGCGGCUGCGCCUGCUCUCGACUCUUCCCUGAUGCAUGUAUGUUGGUAGUGUGACCAUGCUUUUUCAUAUUGUCUUCUGCAACGACUCUGGGGAAGGACAGAGCUCUAGCCUUAAAGAAUUCUCCGGCCGCAGGGUCUCCAUUUCCAUUUCUGGUUUCUGGUUUUCUGGCUAUUCUGCAUUUCUUGUCGCGGGGAAGGGCGAAUGUGCGGUGUGAAGGGAGUGCGCUGGCCAGAGAGUAGCUGUUUAGUUGGAAGACAUGAUUCCUUUGGUGUCUGUCU